CUGCCAAGCAUGGCAGGCGUGCCCCCACCCCCUCCCCUACUGCCAGGCAUGGCACUGGGAGGCAAUGGGGAAGAAAUAGUCGUCGCCCACGUCAACUAUUCUCUCGACUGUGCCAGGCCCUUCCACAAGAAGGUGAAGACUCCAACCUUAAGGAUGAAGAAACUCAACUGGCAGAAGCUGCCGACCAACGUGGUGAGAGAAAGUCACUCUAUGUGGGCGUCAGUGACUAGCAGCAGCGAAGAAACCAUAGAGCCCGAUUAUACGAGCAUAGAACAACUCUUCUGUUUUCCCCAAACAAGCCCCAAGGAGAAAGCCACUGCCCCUGUCAAAGCAGAACCAAAGGAGAUCACGUUCUUAGACUCCAAGAAAAGUCUCAACUUGAAUAUCUUUUUGAAGCAAUUUAAAUGCUCAAAUGAAGAAGUAGCUGAUAUGAUUCGGAAAGGGGACAGGACCAAGUUUGACGUUGAAGUUUUGAAACAACUACUGAAGCUGCUACCCGAAAAGCAUGAGAUAGAAAACCUGAAAGCCUUCAAGGAAGAAAAAUCAAAGUUAGCUAAUGCUGAUCAGUUUUAUCUCCUCCUCCUUGGGAUUCCCAGCUAUCAACUGCGGAUUGAAUGUAUGCUAUUAUGCGAGGAGACUACGGUCAUGCUAGACAUGCUACAACCUAAAGCAGACACGAUCGAGAAAGCCUGUGAAGAUCUUCUUAUUAGCCAUCGCCUGCCUCUGUUUUGCCAGCUGAUCCUCAAAGUUGGAAACUUUCUGAACUAUGGAAGUCACACCGGAGAUGCUGAUGGCUUUAAAAUUAGCACUUUACUCAAACUAACUGAAACCAAAGCAAACCAAACCCGCGUUACUUUGCUGCACCACAUUCUGAAGGAAGUAGAAAAUAAUCACACGGACUUACUGGAGCUUCCCAAGGACCUUGAAUGUGUUGCAAAGGCAGCAGGAAUUAACCUGGAAAUUAUACGUACAGAAUCCAGUUCCCAUUUAAAUAAGUUGGAAGAACUUAAGAAAAAGUUACAGGCUUCGAGCGACGAUGUGAAAGCACAGUACGAGGCACCCAUCGAGGACAGCAUAAAUGCAUCACAGAAGCUGAAGGAGACAUUUAAUACCAUUGACAGGAAAAAGGAGGAACUUGCCAACUAUCUCUGUGAAGAUCCAAACAAACUGUCACUGGAAGAUAUAUUUAGCACCAUGAAAACCUUCAGGGAUCUUUUCAUCAAAGCACUUAAGGAAAACAAGGACAGGAAGGAACAAGCUGCAAAGGCAGAAAAGAGGAAGAAACAGCUGGAGGAGGAAGAAGCUAAGAGACAGACAGGAGAAAAUGGAAAGAUAAUUAAGAAGGGGGCAGUGAAGCAGGAGGAGGUGUGCAUUAUCGAUGCCCUGCUGGCUGACAUACGGAAAGGCUUCAAGCUACGGAAAACAAAGAACAGGGGAGAGUCAGACACUCCACCUAAAACAACACCGGCAGGCACCCCGGAGGGAGGGCAACCAGGGAAAAGUGCUAAUGAUGUAAAAGCAGUGGGAAAGGAAAGCAUUUGCGAGACCAAACAAAGUGAGGACAAUCACUCAGAAUACACUCCUGCCCCAGAUGCUGCUGCUGUCACCAUUACAGGCCCUGGUAAAGAUGAAGCACAGUCAUCUACGUCAAACCAGCCACCUCCUGAAGACAGUGCUGGAGGAAAUUUGCCACAACAGCCCUGCACUCAAGGAAGCUCCUUUAGUUCAGCAGAUGCUGAUAGAGUCUCCCAGCCAAAGGAUGGAGUCAGCAUCAAGGGGAAGAACGACUCAUACAGCUUUCCAGAGAACACAGAACACAAAACCAACGUGUUUUCUCCAUGUAUCAUAGGAGCAUCUAUACAGUUUGCAAGCAGCUAUUCAAGCCAAUGUACCAGCUUAAAAGAUGAAUCAGGUGGACCGAGCUUAGGGGAUAAGGAUAGCAAAUUUGAACUAGCUGUCUUAGGAAGUGGUAAAAUAGCUGAACAGACAUUACUGCCCAGUGACACCUGUCAAAGUGAGACUAAAAUCAGAGUUGAACUAGCACCUGAAAAUGCUGAAACAAUUCUGACUACCAAGUCAAGUUCCAAACAGGUAGACAGCAGGGAAACAGCAAAAAAAAAUCAAGAUCCUGAUGAAGAGUCAUUGCUGGACACCUCUCAGGAGAAAUCCUUCUCAGAAGAACCAACAACAGAUUCUUCUUGUUCAGUUCCUCCGGGACAGGGGCGUGCUGACAAGGAAGGGCAGAAAGGGUCUGGGAAACGGAGGAAGAAGAAGAGGCACAGCAAAAGCCAGCCAGGUAUCACAGCAAGGCAGAAAAAAUAAAUAAAUGAAGACAAAGCAACCUGCUCACAAACCCAUGCAAUGCUGCCAUUCCCUGGGAAGCGAGUGCCGUGGGGCUGAAAUUCCUCUAUUAAUAAUGGUUGCAAUGAUGGAAUGCAAAGCUUCUUCUAAAGCAGUCUCCCUAAUCGCUCCUUGCAGAUUCUGUGUCUAGCAAACAGACUCCAGAUGAAAGAGAUGCAACUGUUUUCAGUAUGUGCCUUAGGGGAGAGGCCUGCAAGGGUCUGGUACUGCAAGUGCUCCACGCCCAGAACUUCUGAACCAGGUGGGAGUUCUCUGUGUGGAGGGCCAAUAGAUUCAAGCCCCUGUUAACUUUGCUUUGAGCCAAAUCCUCCAAUCUGUUUGCAGGCCAAAUUCCUGUUGAGAAUUGUGGGAGUGCAGACAAAGAAAUGACUGCAGCAGUGAGCACUUAGUGUCUCCAAAACUGAAUUGUGUAAAGCAAGCACUUAUUGCACUCUCACCAGUAUCCAAUUGGAUAUCUCUUACUGCCCCGCUCCAGGGACCUCCCAACAAUGGUAACUGAUGUUGGACCUAGUCAGGUGAACUCGGUACCAUUGUGGUCAUUUGAGGUAGAGGGAUAUCUGUCAAAGGAAAGGAUUACUGUAGUGAACUCCGAAGGCGCAGUCCUGCAACAGCUCACAUAUGGUUAACUUUAAGCAUGUGGACGGUGCCAUGAAAUUCCACUGACGUUCUCACAUGCAUAGACAUGGGCAUAAGCUCUUAGUGGAUGAGAGCGUAAAGUUUCUAGAUUGUGAAAAUAUCAGGAGAAAGAGCUGAAUAGAUUGCCCUAAAAGUCAUGUCAUUUGGCAUAUCCCUGGUUCUGCAUUAGCAAAGACCUAUGGAACAUUUAGAGUCUGCUUCAUGGUGAAAGGCAGUUAUACAAGUUCUGCUUUAACAUUACAAGCCUGCAGUAUUGUGUUUUUAAAAAACGAGCUUUCUUUCUUGAUUAUAUUGUAUAUUAACCUUGUACCAUAGUUUUGUACAUAGCUAUCCAUUUGAAAUUCUACAGAUUUGUUCAAUCUAUAUUACAGUAUUUCAUUGAAAUAGGAACUGGGUGGGGAAAAUAUUGUUACUUUUAAGAGUCAUGUCAAUAUACAGUAACUCUGAGCAUAUAUAAUAAUGUGCUGACUAAGCUCUUUUGCUCUGCUUAUGAAGACUUGAUCAAGUGUCAUUCAUUUACCAGAAACUGGGCUGAACUAAGUUAGGAAUUUAAAAUGUUUCUCUUUCAAUCAGGGCUUUGCUUCAACUGUAGAGAAGAUUGGUUAACUAGUACAGGGAUCCUUAGUUUAGAAUGGACCAACCAAGCUGAAGAAAUCUUUUCUGGAAAUUCAGUAUGACUGAAUUUGAAACCAAGCCCAACACUAAACUUAAGCAUAUAGAUUUCCAUUAGCUCUGAUGGAGCUGUGACAUCAACAUCUCAGUAUAGUAAUCAGAACAUGCACACGCAAGUUCAGGGAUUAGUCACAAUUAUGCUUGUCAUAGUUAAAGGGUCAGCUUCACUUUUUGUCCCUUUUCAGGUCUGUCCAAGCCCAUCACCUCUGGUGUUUCUUCAUGCCUUUAUAUCCAAGGGUGGACUUCUGCAGUUCUCCCACUCCUAGACCAGGCAUCACUCUGCAGCACUGCGUACCAGUAGUAUUUUCCUAGCUUAUCUGAGCAGGCUCUGGCACCUGUAGUUCUGCUCUUCUCCAUAUAACAAUUUAUUCUCAUCUGAUGGUAAUAUAGGCAGCCCUAAGAUUUUCAGACACCCCCAUUUUAAUCCAGCUCCCUCAAUCUACCCCCUCUGGUAUAUUAGGAGACAGACCCUUUUUAGAGUAUCAUGCUCCCUUUGUUCUUCUCUUCAUAUGGGCUUUGUCACUACUGAAAAAAAGUGGUUUUUCAGGUCGGUUGGUAAGGAACUAGAAAUCCUUAAAAGCCAACAAAAUUCAAGCAUUUAUUUGAUAAGUGGCCUGUCUUGAGCCAUCCUUCCAGUCCUUAUUUUUCCUUCCAGGCAUCUGUUAAACUAAAACAGUGCCCUCAUACAAUAAAAGAUCCCUGCAACUAGGUCAAAACACGAUGGUUAUCAGAGCCAUCACAAUAGGCUUUUGGUAAGAGCGGAGAUUUGCAAAACAGGGUGAAAAGAAUUCAGUUCGAGUGGGAUGGGAAAUUUUGACCCAGGUUCUACACACACCCUUCACUGCUGUCACCAAGCUAAUUAUUCCCGAUUAUUCCUUAUUAGUCAUUGCACAGCCAAAAUUCAGUACUAGUGAAAGCAGAGACACUUAUUUCGAUAGCUUUCCACUCACAUAAUGCGGCCAUGAGUUUCCUGCACAGACAGGAACUCCUCCAACAACUGCAGCAAAAUUCCAGCAAACAAGCUAGUCUGUGAAAGCCAGAGGUUUGUAGGAACCAAGUUAACACUCAGGGCAGCUAUACACGUGCAUCAAGGCUGCUCCGAUGCGCUAUAAUUACAGCACGUCAGAGCAGAUUCGAUUAAUCGAGUAUGCUAGAACAUGGUAAUUACCGUACUCCAGCAGACUCCAGCACCACGUGCAUCAGUAUCCCCGCCUGAAAAAUGGCAGUGGGGGCAUUUUAACUAAAGCUCAUUUGACAAGCUUUAAUGAAAGCACCCC